AUGAAGGUUUCCAUUGCCCUUGUGCCCCUCCUUGCUGGGCUCGGAAUGGCUGGCCCCAUGCGGAAGAGAGAAGAGCAUGUUGCCGGAGUUGCAGGCGUCGCGGACGUUGCGAACAGCAUCAACGGUGUUAAGGUUGCCAACGUUGCUGAUGUCGCUGGUGUUGUGGAUGUUGCCAACAGCAUCAACCGUGCUCGCAGUAUCAACGUUGCCGAUGUCGCUGAUGUCUCUGAUGUCGCUGAUGUCGCUGAUGUCGCUGAUGUCGCCGAUGUCGCCGAUGUUGCUGGUGUUGCUGACGUUGCUGACGUCGCCGACGUUGCCAACUAA